AUGAAGUUCUCUCACUCGUUACAGUUCAAUGCUGUGCCCGAAUGGUCUUCGAAAUAUCUUGCAUAUACAACACUUAAAAAGUUGAUAUACUCUUUGCAACGAGAUAGUUUGAGAAGGAGGCAUCAACAGGGUACAGGGAUAGAUGAAGAUUUAGAGGAAAAUGCUCAGCUAGUAGGCGAGCACUAUUCAAGCCUCGGCAAUCUCGUGGAAAAUCCUCAAGAUGAGUCAGCCGUGACAGUAUUUGAAGCUGCAUUGAAUGCAGAGUUGAAGAAAAUUGAUACUUUUUUUAAACAACAAGAACAAUUUAUAUUUAAAAGCAUUGACGAGUUGGUCUUUGAUAUCGAAGAGUUUGAGAAGGAGAUUGACGCUUCCUUACAAUCUCAUACGUUGCCCAAGCCACGCAGGAACAGAGGCAGAAGAUUCUCCGAUAUCUCCAAUGACAACUAUUUUACAACUGACCCUGAAACGGAAUACACACAAGCCGAAGAGGCCGAUGCAAAUGAAGUUGGGGACAACGAAGAUGAAGAUGAAGAUGACGAUGAAGAUGAAGAUGAUCCCGAGAAUGACGAGAAUGAGAAUGAGAAUGGGAAUGGGAAUGGGAUCGUAAAUUUGGUUGAUCGUGGCAAUCGCAACAAUUCGACCGAAGAACUCUCGGAACGUCGCAAUAGUUUUCCUCGACCACGUGGAAGACAGGUCAAGAGAAUGGAGUCUGCACCAAAUAUACACACAGAACAUUCAGAGACUGGGUUAACACACACAAAGUCCAUCGACGAGUAUUUGAGAUCACCAAAUGCACCAAAGUUAUGGAACGAACUCAGUAAUGCUACGGAUAAUGAUGGUAGAUUGCCACCUCAGCUUAUUCUCUUGACAGAAAGUAGAAUCAUUAUGAGAAAAAGAACUAUAGGCUUAUACACAACUUUGUCUGAGCUCAAGUCGUAUAUAGAGUUGAAUUAUACUGGCUUUAAGAAGGCAUUGAAGAAAUUUGACAAGUCCUUGGACACAAAUAUCAAAGAUGAGUAUUUGGCAAAUCUUCCCAAUAGUUCCUACAUUUUUAAGCAGUCAACAAUGGAAAAAGUUGAUGCCAAGUUGGAGUCGUUGGUCAAAGUUUAUGCAUUGAUUUGUAAUCACGGAGAUGACUUGGCGGCAGCUAAAUCAGAGCUUUCUAUCCACUUGAGGGAACACGUAGUUUGGGAGAGAAACACUGUAUGGAGAGACAUGAUUGGGUUGGAGCGAAAGACGUAUGCCGCCAAUUCAAAGUUGGUUGAUAAGCGCGAACGAGCUGCCGGUGACAAGGAAGGGGAGUUGAAGGGAAGUGGUGGCCUUACCCACAGCUUCAAUUUAUCGUGGAGAAACCCGGUGUUUAUCAAAUUGGCAAUUACCACCACAGUAACCGUGAUUCUUUUAAACUUUUCACCAUUUGGCGAUGAAGCACAAAAGAAUUGUUUUGCAUUAUUGAUAUGUGCCUCAUUGCUUUGGGCCACCGAGGCCAUCCCGUUGUUUGUUACUUCGUUGCUUAUCCCUUUGCUUGUGGUGCUUCUUGGGGUGGUUAAGAAUACCGAUGGAUCCAUUAUGGAUUCAGUGCUGGCGUCAAAGUACAUAUUGAGCACGAUGUGGAACUCAGUCAUAUUGUUGCUUUUGGGUGGUUUCACUUUGGCAGCUGCAUUGUCAAAGUACCACAUUGCUAAAUUGAUAUCUACUUGGAUAUUGUCCAAAGCCGGAACAAAUCCUUCAGUGGUGCUUUUAACCAUUAUGGGCGUUGCUUUGUUUGCUUCAAUGUGGGUUUCAAAUGUCGCAGCACCAGUGUUGUGUUUCUCGUUAAUCCAACCAUUGUUGAGAACACUUCCCAAAGGAUCACAAUUUAUCAAUGCAUUGGUGUUGGGAAUUGCGUUGGCGCUGAACAUUGGAGGUAUGGCAUCACCUAUAAGCUCGCCGCAAAAUGUGAUUGCGCUUGGUGCCAUGGACGGAGGCAUAUCUUGGGGACAAUGGUUCGUUAUUGCUCUACCGGUGUGUGUGUUGUCAUUGCUCCUUAUUUGGAUGCUUCUUUUGCUCACAUUCAAUUGCAAUUCCAAGAACACACAUUUGCUUCCUAUCCGUACCAUCGAUGACAAGUUUACUGGUAUACAAUGGUUUAUUGUUGCUGUUUCCGUGGGAACUAUUUUUCUUUGGUGCAUUGCCUCUAAGCUCACGGGUAUUUUUGGUGAGAUGGGGAUUAUUGCGUUGAUUCCACUUAUUUUGUUCUUUGGUACUGGUUUAUUGACCACAGAGGAUUUUAAUAAUUAUCCGUGGAACAUUGUAGUUCUUGCACAAGGUGGUGCGUGUCUCAGUAGCGCCGUGUCUUCAUCCGGUCUACUCAAGACCAUUGCAUUGGAGCUUAGAAAUCAAGUCGAAGGGUUCUCACUUUAUGGUGUUACAUUGACUUUUGCACUUAUUAUCUUAGUCAUGGCCACUUUUAUAUCGCAUACUGCUGCUGCAUUGAUCUUUAUCCCCAUCAUCAAAGAAACGGGACAAAGCAUGCCAGACCCACAUCCAAACUUGUUGAUCAUGGUUAGUUGUCUCAUUUGUUCUGGAGCCAUGGCGUUGCCUACACUGGGUUUCCCAAACAUUACUGCGAUUUGCAUGACAGACCAGUGGGGACGCCCAUACCUUGAUGUAGUGAUGUUUAUUACAAGAGGUGUGCCGCUGAGUUUGAUCGCGUACGCGAUGAUUGUUACUGUAGGGUAUGCAACGAUGAAGAUUAUUAACUUUUAA